GUGCUCGGUCCACCUUUUCCCAUUCCUAUAUAUACCUUCAUCUCUCUUGCAUUCUACUCCAUUGUCGUGGAUUCAACUGCAUUACUUCAAUGACUAUUCAAAACACUCACAGUUUUGUCUUCUUUGUGUUAUUGGGUAUAGGGAUAUGUUCUGCAGCCAGAACACUCCUACAUUAUGAAGAGCCCGUCCAUGUUCCUGCUGUCGGCUAUGGCACAGGCCAUGGUGGCGGUGGCGGUGGCGGUGGUGGAUCAGGGUAUGGAGGUGGUGGUGCUGGGGGAUAUGGUGGCGGAGGAGGUGCAGGAAGUGGUGGAGGUUAUGGAGCUGUAGGAGAACAUGGUGGUGCUGGCUAUGGAGGUGGUAGUGGUGGUGGAGAAGGCGGUGGCGUUGCCUAUGGAGGUGCUGGUGGACAUGGUGGUGGCGGCGGCGGUGGUACUGGUGGUGGAGAAGGCGGUGGUGUUGCCUAUGGAGGUGCUGGUGGACAUGGUGGUGGUGGCGGCAGUGGUAGUGGUGGUGGAGAAGGCGGUGGAGGUGCUGGUGGAUAUGGUGGUGGUGGUGGCGGUGGUAGUGGUGGCGGUGGUGCUUAUGGCGGUGGAGGUGCUUAUGGUGCAGGGGGUGCUGGAGGAUAUGGAAGUGGGGGUGGUGAAGGAGGUGGUGCCGGCUAUGGUGCUGGUGGGGAACAUGGAGUGGGCGGUGGUGGAGGUGGUGGUACUGGUGGUGGUGGUGGCUCUGGAUAUGCUGGAGAGCAUGGUAGUGGUUAUGGAGGUGGAGCAGGUGGUGGAGCCGGUGGUGGCUAUGGUGCUGGUGGUGAACAUGGCGGAGGCUAUGGAGGAGGUGGCGGACAUGGUGGGGGUGCCGGAGGAGGUUAUGCUGCUGGAGGAGCAAGUGGAGGAGGAUAUGGUAGUGGGGGAGGAGCUGGUGGUGGAGCUGGAGGUGGAGCUAGUGGUGGCUAUGCGGGUGGUGCUGGUGGAGGAGGAGGUUCUGGUGGUGGCAGCGGCUAUGGAGGAGCACAUGGAGGUGCAUACGGAGGAGGUGGUGGGGCCGGUGAAGGCGGUGGCCAUGGGGGUUAUGUUCCUUGAGAUUCCCCUUACUACUUGUUUGUCACUAAAAGCUUUACCUCUUCUUACCUAUAUUAAAUUAUUAAUAGUAUUAAAAAGGGAAAAAAAAAAUAAGAUAAAUGUGGGUAUAAGAGGAUUAUUAUAAUUUUGAGUAUAUGAAGAAUCCCAAUUGUAUGCUCCCAAAGAUUGUAUCUAUUGAUGAUUAAUAUGGAUUCUUGUUCUUCAUGAUAUAUUUAUAAAUGUUACGUACCAAAGAGAAUUCUAGAA